AUUCGCCGGUUUCCUCGUCCUCUUUGUUGUAAGAUGGAAGGCAGGAAAAGGGCACACUGCAGUGGCAGUUAUUCACCGCCAGACGACAGUGACACUGAAAAGUCAAAUACUACAUUAGAGAGUACACCACCUACUACUACAUCAACAUCAUCAUCAAGCGAAAGUGAUUCAUUUCCAAGUAGCACUUCCAAAUGGAGACGAACUGAUGUAGACAAAUUGGGAAUAAAACUCGCGUAUAGGGCUUGCGCGAUGGAUGUUGUAUAUGAAUGGGGGCUAUAUACAAUGUUUAGAAAGGAUGUCGUUUCAGAAGAAUUGAAUACUGUGGAGGAAAUUUUAUAUGUGUGUAAUUCAAUUGAAGCAGAUUUCACAUCAUUUGAAGAAUUACAGAGAAAGUUUAUUGAAAAUCCCAUGAUAUGUAAAGAAUUCGUUCCAACAGAAAAGAUGCCCGAUGGACUUGGAGUAUGUUCAUGCCGCUUUGAGGAGUUUCAACGAAAAUUGGAACUUGUUUUAAGAGAGGGAAUUAGAGUGAAUGCUUCUGUCUCAGAAUCCAACUUUCAAACUUUAUUUGAGGACUUUCUUAAAAUCUGUGGCAUAAUCACCAGGCACCAACCUGAUAUUGCUAUCAAGAAGAUGAAGGUCAAGGGUGAAAUUGUUUCUUCAGCACCAGAUAUAAUAUGCUAUGGUUUGGAAGGGAAAGUCUUAUGUGUUGUAGAGAUUUUUGGUAAAGUUGAGGUUAAAAAGAACAUAAGAGGUGAAGAUACAUAUGGCAGUCCUGUAAUCAAGAAAACACGCCGUGCAUCUUCUGAAGUAAUGCCCUGCCCACCAGAUGCCCUUCUUGCUCAACAUAUUGGAGAACUGUUAGCCUAUCUUGACGACUCAGUUACACAUAUGGAUCUUUGUGGAAGUGUUGGUAGAGAUAUUCUUGGAUUUAUGGUUGAAAAAACACAAGUGACUGUUACGCAUUUACAGUCAAAUGUAGUCAGCUGGGAAACAAUUCAAACUACCACCAGAUCGGGAUCACUUAAGCAUGUGGAGAAACCGGUUCUUCACUACAGUCGACGAUAUGAUUUUUUGAAUAAAUCGGAUCGACAAGAAUUGUUUAAGGUUAUCCUUCAUAUGAAAUUAAUGCAUUCUGUUCAUGAAAAAGUAGCAGGGCAGAGAAAAAUGAAGGGGACAACUAACCUCUAAAAACAAAUAUUGAAAAAUCACCAUCAAUAAUGCUUUAAUGCUGCAAUGUUUUGUUAAAACUUUCAUAUUUUGCCUACUAUAAAGACUAUAAUCAGAAAUAAUUACAAAAUAUGAAACUUAUGUGAAAUCAUCCUCAGAUAGUUUGGAUUCAUUACCCCCUGGGGUUGGGUGGGACCAUAAUGGGUGAUCAAAGUUUUAUAUAAAAGGAAUACAUAAGGAAAAUCUUCAAAAACCUUCUCAAAAACAGCAAAGCCAUGUUUUAGUCAUAUUUAUUUGGAAGCACCCCCAGUUACAAUGUAAUGUAGAUCCAAUUUUGUACAAAUCAUGUAUGGGAUGGGGUGGGGGCAGAGUGGGCAAGCAAUGUUUAUGCAGGAAUACAUAAGGAAAAUCUUCUCAAGAAAAGCAAAGCUAUCAUGAUUGGUCAUAUCCUCAGGUAGUGUAAAUUCAAGUCUCUUCACAUCAUGACCCCCGGGGUAGGGUAGGGCCACAAUAGGCAAUCAAAGUUUUACAUUGGGAUACAUAGAAAAAUCUCUAAAAAUCUUCUUCUCAAGAACAGCAAAGACAUUUAUUUUUACAUUUUAACUUUUCAAUAGUGUAUUGAUUUCUGCUUUUUCCUAGCAAAAGUGCUCAGGGGAGCAAUGUAGCCUAUGGGCCUCUUAUUUGACUGUGUAAAUAUUUAGUAAAGAUGUGUUGUUUUGACCAAAAAAAUCAAGUUUUUAAAGCAUUAAAAAAUACAUGUUUGUCAGGAUAACUUGUGGUACAUAAAAUUUAUAUACAUUGUAUAAAGAAAUUAUGAAUUAAGAAAAUACUUUCUGAAUGAUUUAAAUAUUACAUAAAUAUUAUUAAUUUAUUGCCUACCUUCUAUAUUUUUGUCACAUUAAUUGAAUUGUACAGAUGAUGUAUAUAAUCAGGUCCACAAUUUCUCGAAUUUAUAUAUGUAAAUAUUUAUAAUAUGAAUAAUUUCAAUUUUUAACACAAUGUGAAUAAUAACAAGGCAGAUUCUAAAGUCAAUGAAUUAAAUUAUGUUUAAUUGGUGUAAUACAUGACAUCUUAAAAGUAAAAAAGUGUUUUUAUUUUUUUAUUACCAUUCGUCAUCUAUUAUAAAUCGAAAUCUUAAGAAACCGUAACAUUAUAUUUACAUACUAGUACUUUCUGUUUUCUCCAACUAUGCACCUGCCAUCAAAAGUUUCAUUCAUAAUACAGAAAUAAAUUCAUUGAUUUUUUGAAACUAUGACGCUUCAUGCCGCCAUAUUUUAUGAAGCGCGAUAAAUAUGCUGGCGAGAAGCUUUGUAGUUCAUGUAUAUCAUGAAUUUUCAAAAAAUAAAUUCAUAUCUGAUAUUAACUAGAUUUUCUGAUGAUUUUCAACGGUAUUCUAUUGAAUUGUAUAGGAAAAACGUCGUCUUUGGUUUGUUUUCAGGCAAGGUUUUGAUUUUAAAAAAUAUCAAUAAUUUUUUUUAUCGUGCAGACGAAUUUCUUUAUCCUUUGGUAUUUAAAAAUAGAAUUGAUUUGAAAUAAAUAUAUGUGAAAAAAUAAA